UUUUAUUUUUAUUUUUUAAAAUUUUUUUUCAGAUCUUUCAUAAUUCUUUUAAUAAUAUAAUGGCGGCAUAUAAUAGUUUUGUAAGAGUUCAAAAAGAAUUUAAAGAAAUUAUUUUAUGUAAAGAGCUUCAAGAUAUGGGAAUUACUGUCGAGCCUGUUAAUGAAAAUAUGAGUGAAAUUAUUGGAAGGAUUAGAGGACCACCAGAUAGUCCUUACUCUGAUGGGACGUUUGUUUUGGACAUUCGGCUACCUAAUGAUUAUCCAUUUCAACCACCAAAAGUUAAAUUUAUUACAAGAAUAUGGCAUCCAAAUAUUAGUUCUCAAACUGGUGCUAUUUGUUUAGACAUUCUUAAAGACCAGUGGGCCGCUUCAUUAACACUUCGAACAGUUUUGCUGAGUGUUCAAAAUUUGUUGGCUUCUCCUGAACCUAAAGACCCGCAAGAUGCUAUUGUGGCUAAGCAAUAUAUGUCCGAUAUUGAACUUUACAAUAAAACUGCAAGAUAUUGGACACAACAUUAUGCUAAUGCACCUGGGGAAAAGGACAAAGAAAUGGUUAAUUUGGUAAAUAAAUUGCAAGAAAUGGGUGUAGCACAGGAUUUUUCAAUUUCUUCGUUGAGCGGUCAUGAAUGGAAUCUUUCAAAGGCAACAGAAUCAAUUUUUGAUUAAAUGGGGGGAUUUUCUAAAUAUAUAAAUUAAUUUACAUGUGAAAUUUAAUUCCUGUAACAAUUAAACGUUUAUUUAAAAAAUUCUUUUGAUUUUUAAUGGUUUUUUGUACAUUUUUAAUAAUAUCUCUUUAAUUUUACAUUUAUCUGUGAGGGAAGGGAAGGGGUUCUUUCUUUAAAAUGAAAUUCUCUCAAAAGCUUCCCAUUUCCAAUUUAAGCAAACAGAGAAUUUCCAAUCCCCAAAAUUGUAGGGAAUUUUCUAUUUUUGAGGAUUUCUUAGGCAGAAUCAUUAAUAAGGAUGGGAAUUUUAAUUAUUUCUUAAAUUUAAGACAGUUUCUUAAAAUAAAUUUUUGGUUAAAA